AAUUCGGUCCGAGUGUGUCUCACAGUUAUCUCACCGGCCGGACAGUAUCUCACUAUUAUAGCUACUGAAAAAAAAAAAAUUGCAGGCGGAGAAGAAAUGGAUCAGUUUUGCUUUUCAUCUUUUUCAAGCUCCCAGCUCCAUCUCUUUCAGCAUCCUCGUCAUACCAAGGAAGUGAAAUAUCGUCUUCUUAUUUCCUCGAGAUCCUUCUAUCCGGCUCUUGCUUCGCACUCUCUCUUACCCCACUUAUGUUUGCACAAGCAGCCAGAAGACUCCUCAGCGUCUUCAGCAAAGGCUAGCACGAGAGAUAAAUUGUACAGCGAUGACAUUGUUGAAGAGAUUAAAACUGCAAAAAAGUCCUCAGAAGUGUUACCUGUCGUACGCAGGCCAGUAAUGGAGACCUCACUUGAAGGAGAAGAUAAAGAUGCAUGUGAUACCGAGAUUUCAAAUCAAAAGAGUGAUGCUCUCCCUGAGGAGCAGUCAUCUUCACUAUUUUCCAUUGAUGCUGGGCUCUCAACAUUAGCUAAGAAGAUUUCAAUUUUUGAACCUGACAGGGUGGAAUCGGCUCCUGCAGAGAAGCUUCUGAAAGUGAAUUUGGACUUGUCUUUGUACAAAGCAAAAGUAUUGGCACGGAAAUUCCAGUAUGGAGAAGCAGAAAAGAUACUUCAGAAGUGUAUAUAUUACUGGCCAGAAGAUGGGAGGUUAUAUGUGGCCUUGGGCAAGAUUUUAACUAAGCAAUCAAAAGUGAGUGAAGCCAUAUCUGUGUAUGAGAAAGGUUGCCAAGCAACACAAGGAGAAAAUGCAUACAUUUGGCAGUGUUGGGCUGUUCUGGAAUGUAGAAUGGGUAAUAUAAGAAGAGCUAGAGAAUUAUUUGAUGCUGCCACAGUUGCUGACAAGAGGCAUACUGCAGCGUGGCAUGGAUGGGCAAUAUUAGAGAUCAAACAGGGAAAUAUCAACAAGGCAAGGGAUCUUCUUGGAAAAAGCCUAAAAUAUUCUGGCGGGAAUGAGUACGUAUAUCAGACCUUAGCACUGCUUGAAGCUAAGGCAAAGAGAUAUGAACAAGCCCGCUAUUUAUUCGAGCAGGCAACAAAAUGUAACCCAAAUAGUUGUGCAAGCUGGCUUGCUUGGGCUCAGCUAGAGGCACAGUUAGAAAAUACAAAUGAAGCUAGGAAGCUUUUAGAGAAAGCAGUUCAAGCGAGUCCAAAAAACAGGUUUGCAUGGCAUGUCUGGGGAGCCUUCGAAGUCAAUUUGGGAAAUAUUGAUCAAGGAAGGAAACUUAUGCAGAUAGGCUACAUAUUAAAUCCUGGAGACCCUGUUCUCCUUCAAUCACUUGCUUUGUUAGAAUACAAAAACUCGAAUGCGAGUCUUGCAAGAGUGUUGUUCAAAAGAGCUUCCGAAUUAGAUCCAAGGCACCAGCCAGUUUGGAAUGCUUGGGGCUGGAUGGAGUGGAAAGAAGGAAAUAUUUCAACUGCAAGGGAACUAUACCAAAAAGUGUUAUCAAUCAAUUCAACAAAUGAAAAUGCUAGUCGCUGCCUUCAGGCCUGGGGUGUUUUGGAGCAGAAGGUUGGUAACUUAUCCGCAGCUAGAAGAUUAUUUAGAUCGUCUCUGAACAUUAAUUCUCAAAGCUUUGUGACAUGGAAGACGUGGGCAAAUUUGGAAGAAGACCAAGGGAAUUCUGUGCGUGCGGAGGAAAUUCGCAGCCUUUAUUUUCAGCAGCGUAUUGAUGUUGUUGAUGAUGAAUCAUGGGUUAUGGGAUUUCUACACAUCAUUGAUCCAGCUAUUGACCGUUUAAAGAGAAUCUUGAACUUGGGUCAGAAUUCGUUCUACAAGACCACAUAUGCUUCAAGAAGUGCAUCAGGAAGUGAUGAAAUUUCCAACUGCGAAGAAUCAGAUAGCAAUGGCAGUACGGUAGGUACUGCUGCCAGUGGCUUUAACUUAGACAACUUCAUUCGCAAAAAUCUAUCAUUGGAACCCUCAGAACUUAAUAGUCAGUUUGGAUCUUAUCUCAGACAAGAUCCAAAGAACAUCAGAUAUCCAAGACGGGUUUGGAGAAAAAGGGAGCAUACUUUGCAAAUUUCUUCAGAUCAAUGAUUUCUAAUGAAUCUUUAUUCUGUAGUUAGUCUCCAUAUUCAUAUAUGGUCACCGGUCAGUUCUUGAAAUUUCUCGGGCAUAUUGGUUUUUAAAUUGUAUAAUUUGAAAACUAGUAGGCGGUGGUGUAAUCAACACUAGGCGCAUAAGAUUCAAAUCCUUUUUCCUCACCUGGCAAUAGGCUUCUUUGUAAUAUACGGAGUACAUAGCUAACCUGGAUCUUCAUGCCAUAACCAUUGGCUUCCCUUUCAAAAUUCAUCAGAAGCACUUCUAGUUUCUAAUUGUCUAUCAGUUCUAGCCCCUUCUUGGUGUAGACCUCAAGGUUAGUGUAAAUUUUUGUUACUAGCAUAUUUAUGAUUGUAUCAGAGAUAUUCAUUGAUUA